AUGAUUCAAACAGUCGGGGGUUCCCGAAGUACUGCGCGAGCGCAGUCUCCUCGUCGCCCCUCUACCUCGUCGGGGCUGCCAGAGCCUCGCUCUGCAUCGGUUCCAGGACAGUCACGUGCAGGAAACAUUCAACAUCCAGCAUCUUCCGCGGACCGGGGUCUCUCGUUCGCGUUUAUCCCAGACGCUGCUGACCAUUACAGGAAGAAUCAAAAUAGCGGUGGGGGGAUUUUCCAAACAGAACUCGAGAGCACCGGAAGCUAUGCCCGCUUUACUCAGACCGACAGCCCCGGUAUUAACGAACGUAAAGGAAGAAAGCACGCCCACGAUUCUCAGUUCACCUUGCGAAGGGGGAAGAAACACCAUACAUUUACCGCACAAGAGGUACCUUAUCCUCGAAAUUACGAUCGAAAGGUGGUAGACCAUGACGUGUGGAGUACAAUGUGGGUCCAGCAGCUAUGUGGGAAUAUCGCCUGGCACGUCUUUCAGGAUCCACCGAAGAAAGUAUUAGACUUAGGAUGUGGUACCGGCACGUGGAUUGUUGGUGCUGCUAAGCUGUGGAAGGAAACCCAGUUUGUCGGCCUGGAUAUUGUACCUCUACACCCUAACCUAGAGCAGAUUGGAGAAGCAGAAUUAGCUUCGCGAAUAACUUGGGUGCAGGCCAAUUUCCUUAGUCAGUUACCCUUCCCAGAUGCGGAGUUCGAUUAUGUUCGGAUAAAGCGGAUCGCUCGCGGAGUCCCGGAGCACAAGUGGGAUGAUUUAUUUGAGGAAAUUGCUCGGGUAAUGAAACACGGCGGCGCAUUUGAACUGUUUGAGGAAGACCUUCAUUUCCCCGGGAUUCUUCAGGAACCAACGUCUCACUCUGAAUCCGGCCUCCAGCCGCUACCAUCUACGUCUCUGUCCGUUCCGUUCGAGCGUCCACGAGCACCCACUCCUUCCUCGUCAUUCCUUCCCGCAGGAAAGUCUCCGUCCCCUAUAGCAGAAAUCCCGUCAGAUGGUCAUCCAACAGAUGGCCAUCCGUUAAAUAAUCAUCCUCCAGACAUGCAUCCACCAGAAGGCAAUCAGCCUGAUGACCACUUGCUUAACAGCCAGAUGAACAUCACCUGGCGACCUCCUGUCAAUCCUCACGAUCAUUCUCUGCUUGAGACUAUCUACAACGAGAUGCACGCAGCCAGAUUCAUCAAUCUGCAACCGCUGGCCUUACUCAAUAACUCUUUAUCCUUGUAUUUUAAAAAUGUCCUGACAGGUCCCCCUCUGAUGGCCAUGUUCCCUCCCCUUCCAGACGGUCGGCAUAAGUCACGCCAUGCGGCAGAUCGUCAUCCCGGCGCACUCGCGAGGUCCGCGAGUAAUUUGGAGACAUGUCAAGAACAUUCAACAGAAGUAUCGCCAGAGGCCAGUCCAGAACAAGGACAAAGCAACAAGCGCGACUCCCCCGACACCGACACCGGCAACUCGUCGAACUGGCUGCACUUGCAGCAGUUGAUUGAAGGUACCGAAUACGUGCAGGUCGACCAAAGUCGGUUCUUCUCUUACAAGGCGCCGUCUCGCACGUCGCUGUCCACUUCCGCUUCCACUUCCACGUCUGAGUCCUCAUUCACUACUACAACAUCCUGGGAGCACUUGUCCUCUCUGUUCUCCUCCGCGUCGCCUCGCAUAUCCACCGACGACCCUCACCUCAAGUCCAGCCGGCUCCACCUUCAAAAUCACGCGGUGCACUUCGACCUCCAGUCCCUCAACAUGCACCUCUCACUGCAAGUGCAUGAGGUGCUCGCGUGCGCCGAGGCUAUGUGGGACUUCGUCGUGGAUUUCCAGAAUAGCCAGCGAGGCAAGGACAGACCCCCUCGGGACUUGCAGUCGCUCCCCAAUUCGAACAUAGGGUUGCAUUUCCCGCGACAGCCCACGCUGUCCGUGCACAGGAACACCAUUCUGGAACUGACCAGAGAUGAUUUCGACGAACUGCUGCAGCAGUUCGAGCUAGACAUGAGUGAGAACGUGAACUUCGACGCGAUCAUUCACGACCGGCUCAAUUGGGACGUGGCCGCGUAUGGACGCUCGCAGCGCCGUAAGGAGUUCGACGUCAUGUGCGCGACGUGGGCACAGUACCAAGCCGAAGUACGCGGAUUUCGCCGAUCGUCCUCGACCGUCACCUCUCCGCCUGAGUCCAGCGACGCGCACGAACCCGGCGCACACCGACAAGGGGAGACUGGGGGAGACCCCGGCGUAGGUAGCCGUAAUCCCUCGCUCAACGUAGAUGACCAACCUCCGGCUGCGCAUCACUCGUUCUCCCCCGAGUACAUCCCGCCGUCCCUCCGCCUCAGCCGCACGAUCCGCGUGUUCGUGGGGUGGAAGGCCUGA